UAAUUUAUUUUGGAGUAGGAUUCCCAUGGCAUGUGAACUAGAAGAUAAUUUGAAAUAGAAGGUGUCUUUAUCUUGAAGUGACAGUCUUUAUCAAAAUGGUAGGAAAACUCAAACAGAACUUGCUAUUGGCAUGUCUGGUGAUCAGUUCAGUGACAGUGUUUUAUCUGGGCCAGCACGCUAUGGAAUGUCACCAUCGAAUAGAAGAACGCAGCCAGCCUCUGAGGACGGAGGGUGUGAGAAGCACAGUAAGAACUGCUUCCGAUGUAAAUGCAAACAAAACCUUUGCCUACAACAAAGACAUGCCUUUAAUAUUUAUUGGAGGAGUUCCUCGGAGCGGCACGACCUUAAUGCGUGCCAUGCUUGAUGCCCAUCCGGACAUUCGAUGCGGAGAAGAGACAAGAGUAAUCCCACGAAUUCUGGCCGUUAAGCAGAUGUGGGCUAGAUCAAGCAAAGAGAAGAUCCGACUGGAUGAAGCUGGAGUCACAGAUGAGGUUCUGGACUCAGCCAUGCAAGCGUUUUUAUUGGAAAUCAUUGUGAAACACGGAGAGCCUGCUCCAUAUUUGUGUAACAAAGAUCCUUUUGCUUUAAAAUCCUUAACUUAUCUUGCUAGAAUUUUCCCCAAUGCCAAAUUUCUUCUAAUGGUGCGGGAUGGCCGUGCAUCUGUGCAUUCCAUGAUAUCUAGAAAAGUCACAAUAGCUGGGUUUGACCUUAACAGCUACAGGGACUGCUUGACCAAGUGGAACCGUGCUAUAGAAACGAUGUAUAACCAGUGUAUGGAGGUUGGUUUUGAAAGGUGUAUGCUGGUACACUACGAGCAACUCGUACUGCAUCCUGAAAGGUGGAUGAGAACUCUCUUAAAGUUUCUUCGCAUACCGUGGAACCAAGCAGUACUGCACCAUGAAGAAAUGAUUGGAAAAGCAGGGGGUGUUUCUCUUUCAAAAGUCGAAAGAUCUACUGACCAAGUAAUCAAGCCAGUCAAUGUAGAAGCAUUGUCAAAGUGGGUUGGGAAGAUACCUGCUGAUGUUCUGCAAGAUAUGCCAGUGAUUGCACCCAUGCUAGCCAAACUGGGCUAUGAUCCGUAUGCCAAUCCACCAAAUUAUGGAAAGCCAGAUCAAAAAGUUGUGGAAAACACAAGGAGGGUGUAUAAAGGUGAAUUUCAGCUUCCUGACUUUCUUAAAGAAGUGCCACAGCCAAAGAAGACAGUAGAAAGGAAGUCUCGCGGCAAGAUAAAAUGAACAUGGAUCAGUAAAGUCGAAUUUAGCUGUAGUACAGAACCUAUGGAAUAGAAGAUACAAUGGAUAUUUCUUGCACAGAAGAAGAAAGACUGCUGCCUUUUCGAUGGAAACGAUCGUACAAGGACUGUCCCACUGAGAUCAGUGAGGGGUACUGCUCAUGGCCGGCUUUAUUCAGAAUUUUCUCCCCCAUUUCUUUCAUACUGUUUUUGUUCGAAAUUUUGUUGUUGUGAGUGCAUGUAAACCUGUUUAAAAAAAAAAAAAUCACUAAUGUUAAUGUAGAACUGCAUUACACUUGCACAACUAUUUUUUUAAGGUUUAAAAAAAAAUGCAAAGCAAUGCCUGUCUCCAAAAUUGCUAUUCUGUCUUAAUUCCAAAACUCCAUCUUCAAAGAUACUUUUUUUUUUCGUGUAGCAGUUACAUUUUAAAUGUGUGAAACUUCCAAAAGAGUGGUCUGUGCUUGUCCUAAAAUAUUUUUUUGGUGGAAUAGUUGUUUGUUUUAUUCACAUGUGGAAAUUGUUAAAUAUCUUUUAUUUAAAAAAAAAAGUUGAUAAUGUACAUGUACAAUUACAAUUCAAUGAGCUUUUGUAUUUUAUUUUUCAAAAUAAAUG